AUGCAUACCAUCUUUGGAUCGCUUCUGGCGAUUCUUCUCCUUCUGGCGAACCUGGUUAAUGGUCGGGUCAUCAUGGAGAAGAAGAGCGUUAACAAGGUCAAUGACUACUACGCGCAGCACACUGAAAUCAAUGUGCAUCCAAAGGUCAUGCGCGACAUCGCUUCUAUUCACCCUCUCAACUCUACUGCGGCAUUGAUCUCUCGCGUGCCAUUUCCCGAGGCUACGGACGGCUCCACCGAGACUUCCACUGAAGUCACGGCUUCGGUGGAGUUUUUCAACAAAGCCCAGACCGCUGAUCGCAAGAUAUCCAUCAAGGCUACGUUUAUCGUGCCCUCAAGCGGCCAUACCAAGCAGCUCGAGAAAGUCCCAAAACAGGACAAUAAACAGAAUCAGGAUCUCGGUCACGAUCUGGACCACGACUACGGUCACAAUACUGAGGCCCAUCAUUCUCACGACCACGAUGCUGAGUCCCACCAUUCCCACGCCCAGGAGUUUCAUGCCGACGACGCCACGAGGGAGCCGCCGAAGCUCAUUGAUAAUCCCACCAAGUUCUCUGCCUAUUUCUGGUUUCACUUCUCGAAAGCCCGGUUUCCAAUCGCCAAUCUUACAAGAGUCUGCGGGAAUUAUACAUGGGAGCACCUCACCGGAGAGCAGCACCGGCUUCACCACAACCACACUGAGGGUGUCGUCGUGUCAUCUCCGAACAUUCCUGACAACUCUCUCAUAGAGACCAAGGAGACCGAUAAGGAGAUCAACAUCGCCGGAUGCCACUGCCUCCACCGCAAGAACUACUUCAUCCCCUGCGCGUGCGAACAGGCAAUGGCAGAUCGCGCUAAGAUUUCCGCGCGCCUCUUUUUUGCGAUGGCUAUAGUCGUUGCCAGCCUUGUCAUAGGCUUCAUCCUUCAUUACAGCUGGCACAUCUUCACGCAGUGCGUCAGAGACCCUGGUAAUGUCGACUGGACACUUCCGGACCGCAGGCCUUCGACACUUGCGAAAUUGGCCCGCGAAAAGAAGGCGAGAGAGGAACAGCUGAGAAUCAGAGGCCCGCCUUGCCCUCUUCCGAAUGUCUUCGUUGGUAUCGGUGGUGAUCUUCCCCGCUUCAAGGCUAAGAAGGCCAAGCUUGCUGCCAGGGAGAAGACUUGGUGGAUGAAGUCCUACAGAGCUACUCAAGGUUACGUCGGAGCUGCUCAAGGUUACGUCAAGCGGUUUUCUGGUGGCACGCAGUGA